GUUUUCUCUGGAAACCGACCUUGUACAAUACAUAUCCACCGCGGGAACAGUGAACCCACUUAAACCGCAAGGAAGCAUCGUCGGGCCUUCACGAGCUAUUGGACUUGGACAACAACAAUGUCCAACCUAUUUUCCGGCAUUAAUGCCCGGCUGAGAGGAGCCACGAAGCAGGGAAGCGGGAAGAGCCCUGUUUCAUCACCCACGUCCGAGGAUGGCCAUUUCAACCCGCCACGUGGGCUUUCCAAGAGGAGCAAGUCGUCGAGUAACUUGUCAGCGAGCAACUCAUCCUCCAAGGUCCCCCCCUUGCCACCGUCCCCUUCGGUUCCUCAACCCCUCGGCACCAACGCUACGGGUGAUGAGAUCCUGAAUUCAUACCGCCUCCCAAAGCCGCUCCCUCUAUGGCUGAACCCAGCCUACGCAAAGCAUAUCGUGAAGGGCAACUUCAUGACCCUCAGCAGCAGACCCAAGACGGUCGAGCCCGGUGAAUGGAUUGCACAUCAAGUGGUAGAGCAUUAUCGCAAUCUAUGGAACUUUGUUCAAGUAGUGUACGCCAAAGAAGCGGACGGGAAGAGCAUCUGCAACCCCAAGACAUGCCCGCGGAUGUCAGCUGGACCGAACCACUCGUAUACGUGGUUGAAUAACCGCUACGAGCCCAUCGAGCUGCCGGCAAUUGAGUACAUCGCGCUGAUGCAGAGAUGGAUAUCUGGCAAGAUUGACGACGCCAAGAUAUUCCCGACGGACCCUGCUGGCGUCUCCUUCUCGCACAACCCCAACGUCGCCAACACAGCCCUCCUCAGCGAGCCGGAUGAGUGGAUCGGGAAGCGCAGCGGCUUUCCCAAGGAUUUUUCCAGCAUUUGCCAGACGAUCUUCCUGCAAAUGUUCCGGGUCUACGCCCACCUCUAUUGGGCGCACUUUGUGGAGCCUUUCUACCAUCUCAACCUGGAGAAGCAGCUCAACAGCUGCUUCAGCCACUUCGUCCUGACGGCUACGGCACUGGACAUGCUCAAACCCCAGGCGCUGGAGCCCAUGCAGCCCCUGGUCGACCUGUGGGCUGCUAAUGGCACGUUCCCACCGGAGUCCAAGGCGUAUGAGUAUGCCAACCUCAAGGCGGGCAAGCGGCUGUUGCAGAUGGCGGGUAUGGCUUGAACAAGUGCGGGGGAAUACAUUGCAUUGCGUUGCGUUGCGUUCAUCAUCCGUCUUUGGGGCUUGGUCAUGCAUUGCAUCGUCGUGGAGUUGGGGCGCGGUUCGGGAAGGCAGCAUGCCCGGUUUUUAUCAUCAUGUCUUGAGAUUUGCUUUCCAGUGGAUCUGCGACUAGACAGUCAAGUAUGGCGCCAUUGCUUAAGGUAGGUAGGUACGAAGGGAUCGCAGGACAAAGAAGAGCGCUCUAUAGAUCAAACCAAAUCUAGCAUGCAACCCUGUAUUAGUCUACACCUAGGUGUAGCAGUGUACAGGGAUGGUAUCGGGAUAUAUAGGUUCGUGAAAAGGCAAUAGCCUAAAUAUCUCGAACAAGAUUCAG